AUGGAAAAUGACCACGAAACUGACUCAAAUACAGUUGACAACAGAGCCACAAGUGGAAAGACACAGCGGACACCAAGCGUGACUUUUGGUGGGGUUCAUUUGCUAGCGACGCCGGAUCUUACAGAACCUAUACCAGAAAAAGACGACUUCGACCCAACCAGGAUCCCUUCUAGUAUACUUCGCCGGAAGUCCAAUAUUGCAAUGGACAGUGGAAUUCCAGCGACAUCGAUCGAUGUACAACCAGCCACGCCCACAGUGGACACUAUGAUACCAAGACGAGAAGCUGAAAACAAAGCGCGUGCGCUCCUGACAGAGGAAACUCUCACGUUACCGACCAGACCAACAAACAGAAGCAGAAUAGAAAAGUCGUUUGUAAACUUUGUUGUGAUUGGUCAUGUUGAUUCUGGAAAGUCUACUUUGAUUGGUCAUCUUGUUUACCUGUGUAAUGGUAUCGACAAAGAGACGAUGAACAGAUUAGCACGAGAGGCUGACCUGGCGGGUAAGGCGUCAUUUAAGUAUGCCUGGGUCAUGGACAAGUUGAAGGGGGAGAGGCAGAGAGGAAUUUCAAUUGACAGCAAACUGAGGCGGUUCGAGACUCCAAACAACUAUGUCGUCAUCAUAGACUCCCCGGGACAUCGAGACUAUGUACACAACAUGAUCACCGGGGCAUCACAGGCGGACGUGGCUAUAUUGGUAAUAUCUGCAGAAAAGGGCGAGUUCGAGCAGGGAGUGAAGAGGCGGGGCCAGACAAGGGAACACCUCCAAGUCGCAUAUUCUUUCGGUGUAAAACAACUAAUUAUUGUCAUCAACAAGAUGGAAACAACAUCACCGCCCUACAGCGAGACGAGAUACAACAACAUCAUCAAAGUGCUGACUCCGAUGAUCAAAAGGAUCGGCUUUGACCCGGAUGCCAUUGCCUUCUUACCAAUAUCAGCCUUCGACGGCGACAAUUUGGUGACGAAAUCUCCAAACAUGCCAUGGUUCCAUAUGUGGCGCGUGAAAAGAGGUUCCGGUGGGGCUGGGGGCCACACCCUGCUUGAAGCGAUGGACCAGGUCGACACUCCAGUCCGGAUGCAACACCGACCCCUUAGGGUUCCAAUACACUCCGUGUACAAACUAGGGGAUAUUGGUAUUGUGACAGCUGGUAGAAUACACUCUGGAUGUCUAAGACCAAACAUGGCCGUCACGUUCGCCCCGAAUGGCGUCAAGGCCAAGGUAAGAGCUGUACAGGUGUUCCGAGAGGUGAUGACGGAAGUCCACGCGGGAGACAACGUAGGGAUCCAGAUAGAAAACCUCGGACUGAAGGAUAUAAAAAAAGGCGACGUUUGUGGAGAUCCGGAGGAAGAUCCACCAAGGCAGGUCGGAAAGUUCACAGCUCAGAUCCUGGUGUUGAAUCAUCCUGGACAGAUCAAGAAAGGUUACACGCCCCUUCUAAACGUUCACACGGCCAAUGUAGCAUGUAAAUUCGUCGAUAUCAAGGAGCGAUGCGACCGUCGCACCGGAGAGAUGGCAGAGCAAUCACCGUCCUGUUUACUUCCGGGUCAAGUGGGCGUGGUCGAGAUGGUACCAAUGAAGCCAUUAUGUGUGGAAAGUUUUUUUGAUUAUCCGUCCCUUGGACGUAUUGUCAUUCGCGACCUCAAGCAGACUGUGGCGGUCGGUGUGGUUAUAGAUGUGGACGGUCGGUCGACGCGUACAGAUAGUGAUAAGAUGAAAGGUCAGAGUCGGUUUGUGUCCAAUAAUUUCGGAAAUGAUUCUCAAUUAGAUAACCUUACUCUUGGACCAGAUUCCAGGCCAGUUACAGCUGGAGACCCACAAACAGUCAAAACUGACGAAAUGGAAACCAGUUCACCUGUAAUCAUCAAAACUGAUCCGGGAGAACCGGAGAUCGCAGCAGACUGUGAUCAACCGCCUUUAACAGACGACAGUAAAAUUGACACUCUCAAGACCGAUAAAGUAACGUUUCGAACUGGGUCAGGGAAACUCGAGUCAGAGUUGUAA